UUGACAGUCACCUAAGCAGGAAUGCCUGCGGAUUUCAAUGGUUACUGGAAAAUGGUCAGCAACGACAAUUUUGAGGAGUAUCUGAAAGCCCUGGAUGUAAAUGUUGCUGUAAGAAAAAUAGCAAACUUGCUUAAACCUGACAAAGAAAUCCUUCAGAAUGGGGAUCAUAUGAUCAUUAAAACGCUAAGCACUUUUAGAAACUACAUCAUGGAAUUUGAUGUAGGAAAGGAGUUUGAGGAGGAUUUAGCUGGGGUGGAUGAUCGCAAAUGCAUGACCACUGUAUCUUGGGAUGGAGAUAAGCUUCUUUGUGUACAGAAUGGAGAAAAAGAAGGUCGUGGUUGGACCCAGUGGAUUGAAGGAGAUGAAAUGCACCUGUUAAUAGGACCUGAAAGAAGAUUCCUGUUCUUUUCUCGCAUUGCUCUUUAUAGCAUCCUCUCACCAGUGUGGGUAAAAGGCAGUCUUCCUGCUGACAUAAUAAAAUCCAACCUCCAUUUCUGUUCACUAUUCAGUACUAUUAGCGUUGAGCAGUCUAAAUGGAUGUUCUGUAAACAUUCAAAUCAGCAGCAGAGUUAUGAAAUCUUUGCAAAGUUCCCCAGACCUGUUACUGCUAAACGCAGUUUUCAGGAAGUACUGGAAAUCCCAGAAACCAGUUUGGGAAAAGAAUGUAUAUGACAGAUCUCACUGCCUGAACUACAUACUUUAUAUAAUGCAGGUAGGGAGAACGUUACGGUGUAAGUGACCACAUUGUAGCUGAGGUCAUGGGCUCACUGAAAGUAGGGGGCAAGCAAUGAAAAGGAGACUCCAGAAUUCCCUGUGUACACGUAUUCCCUCUAUCUCUACACAAACACAAUACAGUAUUGCCACACUACCUCCCAGCUUCAUAACAGUUGGUGCCAUCUGUUACGAAGUUACACCGAGCAUCAGCCCUUUCAGAUUCUCUGCUGGCAAACAGCUUGCCAUUAGCCAUACAGUGUCCAACGUAGGAGUUUAACUUACACCUUGCUGCGCUCGAUCAUACACGUAUGCACUCAUCUGCACAUAUAUAAAGCAGCAGUACUAGUUGCUAUUGGAUUUAUUUGUAUUGGCAUCCUGGUUUCUGUGCCUUGCCAGCUCCGCAGUGAUUAUCUCUACCCAUUUCCUGUCCCCAACACCUAUUUAUUUAGCCCUGAUGUCUGCUAUCCUUACACUGAUGCUCUAGUCAUGCAACCUAGCCAUGGACCUCCAGGCCAGGACACUUUUUAUA